AUGUCUUAUUAUCAGCGUCAUUGUUUCAGUUUGAGAUAAUAGAAAACAAUCUUCAGCUUCAAUUAUGUUAGUAAUUUAAACAAGUUCUUCCAAGGUCUCAACCGAGAUACAAACACGUUGAAACCCAGGACCAGCACCUACCAAAGUUCAUGUCUGGAUAGUGUUUAUGUGUCUGGAUCAGGAGCGAGGGUGGAGUUUUGAGAAACGUCUGUCGCGUAGUUGUUGCGAGCAGCUUUUCGUUGUCACCUUUCUCAGCGCACAAACUACGACUACGACAAUGGCGACGGUCAGUGCACCUGAUGACGUCACGUCCACUUGUAGCGUGUGUCUGGAGCCUUACACGGGCCGGAAUCCAAAACUUCUGCCUUGUUUCCACACUUUCUGCCUCGCUUGUUUGAAAGAUUUGGAAAUGCAUCACACGCAAACUUUACAAAGCACGACAAUCAACGAGGACCUAGAGGGAGACCAGAGACAAGUUACCUUCCCCUGCCCAACGUGCAGAGCGAGUAUCAAGGUGCCGCCGGUGGUGUCACCCAGUUUCAGACAAAUUUCUACUUGAGUGAUAAAAUCCUGACAUGUGAUGUGUGCAACAGAGGACAAGAGGCCACGUACAGCUGUACUGACUGUGGUCAGAGUAUGUGUGACGAAUGCCAACAAUGGCACUACAAAUUUCUCUCCAGUCACGAAGUUCAGCCUCUGACCUCUGGCUGCCAGCAGUCUUCUGAAAAAAGCCUUGAUCCAGAUUGUUUAGAAAAACUUAAUAAACACCUCAAGGUGUUGGAGGCGGCGCUAGUGAGGAUGAGGGAGGAGGAGGACACGCUUCAGAGGGAGAGGCAGGCGAUAGCUGACGUCAUCAGCAGGCGGGCCGACGCCGUGAGGGCGCUAGUGACGCAGGCGGAGGUGAGGAAGCCAGAUGGCGCUGGCAGAAGUAAGCGAGACACUACUAAAACAGAUUGAAGAUGAUAUAAUUACUGCACGCGACAAACACGCUAGAAUCUGGCAGCUGUCAUCUCAGAGAGGCAUCAAAGGACGAGUAACUGUAGCCUUCAGACAAGGGCAAGAACACCUCAGUGAUGAAGAUUUCCGGUACUUUCAGCAGCGAUGUAGCAGAAAAAGAUUUCUGCAUCACUUCAGUAGCUGCAUCAUCGAACUCGAGACCGUAGCAUCCUUCCUGGGGACAGUAAGUGGUGACGAAGAAGAUAUAGAGGACACUGGCAGCAUCUUGUCUGCUACUGUGCGUAGUGACAGUAAGGAUACAGAGAGGACAGUAGGUGACACUAUGUUACGUCACAAUCAUCAGACCCGACAGUGCGUACAAAGGAUGCCGCAGACAUUAAUCACAGGUUGCAAACGCUAGAAACACUUUUUGGAAGCGGGUGUAAACACUCUGAUGAAACGGAUGUUGAAGUGUUCAAAGAAGAAAGUUUCUAAACUCCAAAUGCUUGUGGCUGCUUUAAAAGAAGAGGAUUCAAAUAAACAGCAAAACAUACACAGAUUUAAUGGAGACAUUUUAAAUAUGAAAAAGUACAUGCUCACUAUGGAAGAAACACUGAUGGCUUCUAUCUCUAGAUUGCAGGAAGACAUUGACACGGUCGAGAGUGUCAAAGAUGAAAACUCUAAACUUCAAAUGGAUGUGGCAGCUUUAAAAGAACAGCUCUCUUCCAUUCAGCAGAGUUCGAUCCUUUCUAAAGACAUUUCAAGUAUCCAAAAGGACAUGGCAAGUCUGCAAGAAAAACAGAUUGGCGAUAACACUAUGCUUCAGAAGGACAUUGCCACUAUUCGGGAGAUCUCUUCUCAGCAUGGCAGAGAAAUGAAGAAGUUUCAAUGUGACUUUAUAAAUCUGGUUAAAGAUCUGAAGAGUUUUAAAGAAAAAUCUUGCUACAUGGUUGCAUUUCACGCCGAGCUCAAGCAGACUAUGGAAACAAACUGGGAAUGGAAGCCCAUCAUCUUGGAAGCUGACAACUGCAACCUGGGUCAGGCCUACGACACGAAGACAGGAGUUUUCACCGCCCCUGUGGCAGGCACCUACUUCUUUAUGGCCAGAACGGUGAGAAAUGAGGGGUCAGGAUACUGUUCGCUUGCUAUCAGUGUUGAGAGAUGUAAAACCACUUCAUCACUAUCCCACUACGGCAAGCUACAGGCCGGUGUUGGUUGUACAGUGCACGUGGUUCAGAGACUGACUCCAGGACAAACAGUGUCUCUGAUGGGCUAUGGCCGCGCUAAGUUGCCAGGAUGUGCAACUUGUUUUUCAGGAAUGUUAGUGCGACCAGACAUUGAACUUGCACAGUCAUGACACGUUAGUCUAUGUUAUGUGAGCCACAGGACUGUGUUGAAUAAAAGUAUACUACUACAUAUUAAAGUACAUUUGAAACCUGCGUUAAAGGGAUGACCUACACUACGAUUUAAAUGUCUCAUAUUUCACUCUUUUUAUUAUAAUAAUAAUCGUCAUUGCCAUGGCUUUCUACAUUUCUACAACAAGGAAUAAAGAAUCAACAACAGCCAUAACUAAUAUUUAAAAAGCUGAUUUUGAGGAUUUUCGGAGCUUAUUCUUCCAAACAAUUAUUGAUAUUAAGACUUUUCUCGAAUUGUUUCUUAUUGGCAAGAUUAAUACACGGUGACUUUCUUGUCGUACAUUUUAAAUGUUUCUUUUUUUUCAAUAUA